AUGUCCUCGUCGUCCUCCACCCACACCUCGACGCUAACCGCGGCGGAGCUGGCGGAGUGGUCGCAGUCACUCCAGCCGGUGGUGUUGGGCCUCAGCGUCACCAUGCUGGUGCUUGGCAAUCUGGGCGUGAUGCUGCGCAUCUGGGCCCAAUGGCGCAUCCAGAAACGCCCCAUGCAGGAGGACUAUUGGCUGGUCGUGGCUGUCCUCUUCGCCAACGUGGUCUCCGUCGCCACCAUAGUUGCGGUGCACUAUGGACUGGGAUACCACCUUUUCCGCGUCAAUACGGAGGAUCCCACCCUGCAUGCGCUGAAGUGGAUUUUCUUGUGCGUGUGGCUCACAGCCACCUUCAACGGGCCCUCGAUGCUGGCCACCAAGAUCGCCCUGCUGCUCUACUACCGUCGGCUGUUCAUCGUGCAGCAGAUCUGGCUGCGCAUCUUCUGGUGGACGAACAUGGUAUACGUGGUGCUGUGGGCGAUCGGGUCGACCAUCUCGUACGCGCUCUCGUGCGUGCCGGCCAGUUACUACUGGGAGCGUUUCGACCCGCAGUCGACCAUGCACGGCACCUGCCAUAACACCACCACCGCCGACGCUCUGCCGCUAAUUAUGGACCUGGUCUCCGAUGUCGCCAUCCUGGUGCUGCCCAUUGCCACCAUCGCCACCCUGCAGAUGCCGCUCGCCCGCAAAAUAGGGCUCAUCAUCGUGUUCUCGGUCGGAUUCAUCGCCGUCGUCUCCGCCAUCGCCCGCGUCGCCGUCCUCUACACCGCCACGAACCUGCACUCGGACUUCACCUACGCGGCCGCGCCCUUCGAGCUGCUGGACGUGAUUCAGCUCAACGUGGCGAUCGUGUGCGCGACCGCCGUGCCCAUCGCCUCGGGCUUCCGCGUCGCCUUCAGCAAAAAGUUCCGCCGCUCCAACAAGAGCUGGACGGCGGGCGGGGCGGCUGGGAACACCUACUACAGCCGCGCCUCGACGGCGGCGGCGGCGGCGCGGGCCGCGCGUCGGCGGCUCGAGGACGAGGCCAGCAGCAGCACCGAACAGCUGCAGAUGGGCCACUUCACCACCACCAGCUGCGCCUCCAAGGACCCCGACGAUCGGGCCCGGGGGGCAGCCGCAGGCCUCGUCUCAGCCAACGGGAUCCUGGUGAAGAUGGAUGUGGAUAUCCGGUAG